AUGUCGUCAGGUCAUUCGGUGCGGCUCGAUAAUGUGAUCGUAUCAGACUACGAUAACCGAUUGAGCGAACCGAUCCUCGAGAUGAAAGUCCUGAACGUCAUGUUCUACCAACACGGCUACUUCGUGUCAUCCCAUCCAUGGGAGGUCAUUGUAGCCGCGCUCACUCUUAUGCUUACUCUGGGCAUUACGGCUUUCAAUAUCGGCUAUCCCGGCGCUCUACAAAACACUCCAGGAUAUCAAGGAUCCGAAAUGCAUGUCCUGGUGGUGCUAGCGGCGAUGUUGAAUGCAUCGCAUCAGUUCAAGCAUGUGUAUCAAAAUGGGAGUCGACUCGUUAUCGCUGUAUCGUUGGCGUACGCGCUUUUUGCCGGCAUAAUUUUUAUCGGAUGUCUACUUUGUUUGUUCGGGCAAACGCUCUCACAAAUCAAAGAUGCUUUCCCGCUAUUCCUGAUCAUGGUCGACAUGAACAAGGCGGUCAACCUCGCACAGCAGACGUUCAAGUCCGCAUCUCAGGAUGGGAUUUGCUCAGCGAUUGCAUCCGGCUUGGCCAUGAUGGGACCCGGUCUCACUCUAGAUACCGUGGUCAAAACCCUAGUGAUAGAAAUCGGAACCACGUCAGGAGUCUCGCGAUUAGAAAGUCUGGCUACUUACGUGGUCCUAUCGUCGAUUGUUACAUAUGUUGUUUUUCUGACUUUCUACCCGGCGCUUCUUGCUCUCAUCUUCGAGGUGACUCGCAUGGAAUCAGACCAGAAUCCAGCAGCCAGCCAAGAAGACGAACCGAAUCCUGUUUUAGAACGGGUGAAAGUCAUCAUGAGUGCGGGUUUGAUGUUGGUUCAUGCGCACAACCGGUGGCCUCUGAAUCGCUGUGCAUCUCCAAAAAGCAUCGCUUCCACGGGCUCCAAUCAAAGUGCUCAAUCAUUUUCUGCGUCCAGCUCAGGAGCGAGUCCUGCAACGCCGGAAUCUCCGACGCUGCCCGCAGCCGACACAUCCGAAGCUAUGCCCAGAUUGUAUGAACAGAUGACUGGCACGGGUGGUCCAGCGAGCUGGUGGUGGCUCAGCAUCGAGCAGGUGGUCAUCUUGGGCGUUGCUCUAGCCAUCGCUGUCAAGUAUCUCUUCUUCGAGAGACGAGCGCAACUCAAACAACAACUCUCGGCGGCAGCGAAAGAUCUCAUUGAAGGGAGCGACAACAGAACUGGGAGAGCGAUUCCUCAGUGCGAGGUCGUUCCGACACGAGAAUACCGUGAGAACGUUCGGCGAGUAUCAUCCGACCUGGACGAAAGAAAGAUAUCCCCAUUUAUGAUUGGAGACGGUGAAUUCGAUCGUGCGGACAAAACGGUUCAAACCGACUUGCCGUUCAUCUCGCACAGAGAUGCACAGGAGACGAACUCUGGCUCGAAUCCGAGAGAAACACAAGCUGAGAGGCCCUGCCGAGGAGUUCCCGAGUGUCUGGAGCUCCUCGCAGAUGCGGAAAAAGGACCACGCGAACUCACCGAUGAAGAAGUUAUCAUGCUUCUGGACAAGAAGGAGAUUCAGCUGUACAAGCUCGAGAACGUGCUGGACGAUCACGUUCGAGGAGUGGCUAUUCGGCGUUACAUGAUAGCGAGAGAAGCUGGAAUCGGAUCCGCACUGGAUAAACUGCCGUACCGUCAUUACGACUACGAGAAGGUUUUCGGUGCUUGUUGUGAGAACGUGAUCGGUUACAUGCCCGUUCCCGUUGGCAUCGCCGGUCCGCUCAUUUUGGAUGGCCGAUCCUUUCACGUACCUAUGUCUACGACGGAAGGUUGUCUGAUAGCUUCAACGAAUCGUGGCUGUCGAGCCAUCGCGAGAGCCGGAGGAGCGUAUUCGACGAUCACGGGCGAUGGUAUGACCCGUGGCCCCGUGGUGAAACUGCCUACCGUAGCGGAAGCUCAACAGGUUAAGCUUUGGUUGGAAAAACCGGAGAAUUUUGCCGAAAUCAAGGAAGCCUUUGACAGCACGUCUCGUUAUGCCAGAUUGAAAUACAUCCACUGUCAAUUGACGGGCGUACGUCUGUUCAUCCGAUUCGUAUCCACGACCGGAGACGCCAUGGGCAUGAACAUGUUGUCCAAGGGCACCGAUGUCGCCAUCAGUCACCUACAAAAAAUAUUCCCGAAAAUGGCAGUGAUUGCUGUUUCUGGUAACUUCUGCACGGACAAGAAGCCGUCGGCAAUGAACUGGAUCGAGGGACGCGGGAAGAGCGUCAGUUGCGAAGCCACGAUCCCCGCGCACGUUGUCCGAGAUGUUCUGAAAACGAGUGCGUCUGACUUGGUCGAAGUGAACUUGAGCAAAAACCUCAUCGGUUCUGCCAUGGCUGGAUCAAUCGGGGGCUUCAACGCUCAGGCAGCGAAUAUCGUGACCGCAAUCUUCAUCGCCACCGGUCAAGACCCGGCUCAAAACGUCGAAAGUUCAAAUUGCAUCACCGUGAUCGAGCGCUGCGGCGUCAACAACGAAGAUAUUCACAUACAGUGCACCAUGCCAUCGAUAGAGGUCGGCACGGUGGGCGGUGGCACGGUGCUACCCCCGCAAGAGUCCAUGUUGGAGCUCCUCGGCGUGAAAGGGGCGAGCACGGACGAGCCAGGAGAGAACGCCAGAACUCUCGCCAAGGUUGUUUGCGGUGCUGUGGUGGCCGGGGAACUCUCCCUGUUAUCGGCUCUGGCAGCCAGAGACCUUGUGAAAUCGCAUAUGCGACACAAUCGCUCGGUGGUGAACAUGGCCCCUCUUUCGAACUCCGGCAACCCUCCCGCGACAGUCAGCGUCGACAAGCGGGGACUUCUGUCUGCAUGCCCCGUCUCGGAGUAGAACCCAUGUGAAGGCACCGUGUAAAACAAAGGCAAUCAUCAUUUCAGAGAUCCGAGUGGCGCUUCCCGCAUGGGUUUCGAAGAGGUAAUUCUGGGAAACUGGCGAAGGAACUUGUGCUUGACACCCCGGUGCUUCCUAGUCUGAACGACACUGACUCGAAAUAGAAUAUAGCAACUGCCGAGCGUCACUGAUCGCAGCGGAGGCAGCGGAAUCGAUUUCUUUCGAAGCUCGGUAAUUUCCACUCCUGAAUCCGCC